UAUAUCUAUAUCAUUGCUGGGAAUUGACGAAUUACAGUCGCAUUUCCAUUUGCCAAAUCCUGGAGCUCAUCGUCGUAGAAAAUGGCGCUGUUUAAAGACAUUUUUUACCCUGGCAAUCCUGAACGACGACGCAGAGUAGAGCGUCUGUACCAAGAGAUAAUUGACUGCAUGAAGGACAACUUUUACGCGACCAACAAGCUUGUCGGCUACCUAAAGCAAAAUUUUUCGGUGUCAAGCGGCGUUGGCAAAAUUGUCCAUGGGAUCGACAAGUUGGAAAUCAGAGAGAGAAAAACGAUAAAGGAAAACUGUGACAUAUUCUUAGCAGCAACAACAAAACUUCAAGACGCUGUUCGCUUGCUUAACGAAAAUUUGGCCAGGGAGUUAGAGCCUUCUGCGUACAGAGCCCUUAAGGAUACAGGAUUAGGCUUUGUGGAAACAAUCAGGCAGUUAUCCCAGUGGUCAUCGGUAAUAACAAUGACAGGGGCUUCGGUAGCGGCUGUGAUAAUUAUUUGCCGCAUAACUUCUGGGGCCAUUCUUGGAGCAAUGGUUGCAGAAAUAGGCAUGAUUGCAUCAUGCAGUAUUGCUGGUGUUGUUGUUGUUGCCAUAGGACUUGGAGUGGACGCCAUCCUUUCUGCCAUUUUUGGGGCAAUAGAGAGGGAAAAAUUGGAAAAUGCGAUAAAAGAACUUGAGACAACCAAAUCAACUUUCGAACCAGCCACUAGAGAGUAUACUCAAACAAUUUAUGAAAUACUUGGAGCUAUCAAGCACAUGUGAUAACCAAACGGAAGAAUCUUCUGGACUGUUUCUGGACUUUGCUGCACAAGAAAAACGCAAAUGUUUUGUUUUGCUGCAGUUCUUUGCGUAUUGUAAUUCUAAUUUGAAAUUUGAAUGCGUAUUGUUCUUUUUUCUGGAGAAUUAUUUGCUUUAAUAGUAAUACUUGGCCUUCUUUUCACA